AACAUGUCAGCUACUGACUUUCCAGGCUUUGGCCUUCCUGCCUAAAGAUAAUAAACCAUAGCUGCUCUUCGCUGUUCAUGGGUGUAAACAUCUUUGUCGAGACAUCUAACAUCAGAACGCCUGGCUUGAUUGAAAACCGAAAGUAUUUUUUGGAAAUCACGUGAUCCUUGGGGCGUCUGGAAGAGUCCCUUGUUUUCCAGACAGAAGCGAAGGAAGCUGCUGUUGAACUCUAGGAAGGAAAAAGCAGGGUGAAUUAUAAUACCCCGUCUUUUGCUUCUCAAUGGGUGCUCAGAGGCCUCUCAUUGUACCCUGGUUAAUUGAGCAGCUGGAUGCUCAGCGAUACCCAGGAGUCUCAUGGCUGAACCCAGAGCGGACUCAGUUUCGAGUACCAUGGAAGCAUGGGGGACGGCAGAAUAUUAGUGAUGAGGACUUCCAGCUCUUUGAGGACUGGGCCAUUGCCAGAGGCCGGUACCGUCCAGGCAUCGAUAGGCGGACCCCUUCCGAAUGGAAAAGAAACUUCCGUGCUGCCUUGAACCGAAAGGACGGGAUUGAAAAGAUACAGGAUAACAGCACAGACUCUGAAGAUCCGCAUGUAGUGUUUGAGAUCAAGCAGCCUAAUGGUGCAAGUCAAAGCGACUCUGCUGGAGGAACAGUGAAUACAGCAGCCAGUGAUAUAUCCUCUGUUGCAUCAGGAAGCACAUCAGUGCCUGGAGACUUUUCUUCAUGUAGUCAGGAUGAAUUACGGGACAAUGUGUUAAGUGGCCUGGAUCUCCCCAGUUCCCAAGAAGAAGAUCCCAACUGGUGUGGAAUCCUGUCUCCUACUGCCGUGGAGCCAUCACACUCUGCAGGCCCAUUUGAGCAGGUGUUGGGAGCCAGUGCAUUUGUAGUUGGAACAGAAUAUCCAGUUUGCUCUGGAACCCUGUCUCAACCGAGCUUGGAUUUGACUCAACAAACUGUCAUGGUACAACCAUUGCAGCUAAUCUUGGAAGCCCCAACACUUGCCACAGAUUUUGAGGUACGGAUUUAUUAUCGAGGCCGGCAGGUCCUCAACGAAGUGUUCAGUAACGUGAGAGGUCUGUGCUUUCUGCCUCCUGGCUGCUCUGGAUCCAAUCCCGAUUUCGCAGAUGUGAUAUUCCCCAGCCCAGAGAACUUGAAUGACCACCUGCAAGUCUCAUACUCUCAGCGCCUCAUACAAGAGGUGGCUCCAGGAGUAUUUCUCGGCACCGAGGGUCAGUCGCUGUGUGGUAUGCGCCGGGGCCAUUGCCGUAUCUACUGGGGCCAGUCAGAGUUUCCUACAGAGGGGAUGCUUCAUGGGGAGCUGCCAAAGGAACAGCUUGGCCCUAUGUACAGCCUCCAGCAGUUUGUGCACGAAUUAAUUGGAUUCAUGGAAGGACGAAAUGGAUCUCCUAAUUAUUCGCUAUGGUUAUGCUUUGGGGAGCAGUGGCCUGAUACCAACCGUCCCUGGAAGAAGAAAUUGAUUAUGGUAGAAGUCAUUCCCAAAGUUUUUGAACUACUCCAUGAGCUAAGCAAGGCCAGAGGAGCAUCAUCAUUGGGUGAACCAGAUCUUAGGAUAUCAGACGCAUCGCAGGAACCCUGUUUUUUGGAACAGUUGCGAAGUUGGGAAGAGAAGAUGGAUGUACAAUGUAGCUAGCUAUACCUUGUUGCCCCAUUUUGCAAACAGGUAGAUCUAUCAAUCUUCCCCAGUCAUCUGAAUUCUUCAUAUCUGCAAUGGAUGACCUUAGUUAGGCCUUUCCCUCCAAAAGGUGCAUGCUUCGAGGUGAAAAGUAGCUCCUUCUACAUUCAAGGUUGCCUUCAAUAUAUCUGGUUGAUAACUGGUUGACUCGAGCCUUAAUCAGGCAGUCUGCAUUAAGAGCAAUCACUUUCCUAAAUUUUGGUCUUCCAGAUAUUUUGGACUUCAGCUCCCAGAAUUUCUGGCAAUUGGGCAAGCUGGCUGGGGCUUUUGGGAGUAGAAUUCCAAAAUAUCUGGGGGAACUACAAUUUGGGAACCACAGGGUUAAAUCAGAGGGGAUCUGUUCCAUUAUCACUCUACUAGGGACUGUAAAAAAGAGCACCUGCUAUCUAUGAGGGCUCAUUUUGCAACUAAAAACUGUAUUCUCUAAAGCUUGAACACUUUGGACUAGAAUUCCCAGUAUUUCACAGCCAGCUUGGCCAUUGUAGUCCAAAACAGUCACAUUUUUCCAUCUUGCAAGACUCUCCUGCCUUGUAAGGAAAGCCCUCACACACAGUGAUGAUAGAGCAGGUCAGUAAACACACCACGCAUCCUAUAUGGUUGGAUCUACACUGACCACUUAUCCCAGGGUCCUAGGAUAGACCACUGCUUCUUAAAUUGUCGAUUCCUACCCCAAAUAGGGGCCCCUUAGCUCAGUGCUGAAGUCACAAAAAUUUGGCAACAGAACCACCCAAGCCCAUGGAAUAUGGGAUGGCUGUGUAGUCAGUUGCAGGUAGUUCCACUUCGGAUCCAGCCCUACUGUUUAUAUGGGUCCAAAGUCAGUUUGCUCAAUUCUCAAGUUUAAGGUGGCCUUGGCCACAUUAGCACAAAUCAACUCCAUGAGCAUUUUGCCACCAUGGAACUGAUUCAUCCACCCUUUGGGAUACAUGGCCAGUGUUGAUGUGUCCUAUAUUGAAUGUCUGAAGAAACUGCAGGUUUGCAUUGCCAUUUUUACCUGCUGAAGUUAUUGAAACAUAAUAUAUUCCCGUGUUUUCUGCUUAUGUUAAUGCAGUGAGAAGUCAUCUCAAAGUCUGGAGCUCAAGAUGGAUAAAACUGAAUUCACACAUCUGGAUAAUCCUAGUCUACCAUUUAGCAUGCAACAUUUAACAAUAUAUUUUAUUAUUUCCAGGGAGUCAACCAUAAUAAUUGGAGGCAAAGGAUAGGUCUAGCAGCACUUUUGAUAUUAACUGAUAAUUCCCAUCAUAACAGUCCACUUCUGGAAUCUGCUUGUAACUUUCUUCAACUCUUUCGCAGUCUUGAUGCAUUACAUGGCUGUGGUCUCUUAACCACAACAGUGCUGAUGCAAAGUCUUGCUGGGUUUUAUUUUCAAUAUAAACAUGUUAUAUUUCUUGCAUUUGCCUCCUUGCUUGUGAUGACAUUGAGAGUAAUCCAAAUUUUGGAUUGCUCUCAUUCCAGUGCAGAUCAUACUUUUUGUAUUGGUCGCCCUUUCUCUAUAUUUAUAAACAACACAGUUUGGAUAUAUAUUAUCUGUAAAUAUAUUUUCACCAACUUGAAAAGGUAGAUAUUUGGCUUACAACUUCCAGAAUCCACCAGCCAGUGUAACUGAUGUAGAGAUAUUUGGGGAGUUGAAAAUGUUCAGAAUACUAACUUAUCCAAGUUCUUAGUUGUAGAUUCUUCUGGUCAUACUCAUUUUUUCCCUUUUGUUAGAUUUAAGCAGCUCUGGCACUGAUUAUGGAAUGCCUUCUUCCCAGAUGACUUAUUGGCUUUAUUUAUGCGCCAAGUAAAAACAUUUCUGCCCACUAA